GGAAACCUUUCUGACAACACUUGAUAGCAAUUGCAACACUCAAAAAAUCGAGACCCACAAUGGCCUCGGCAUCAACCAAACGUUCUCGGCCUGCGUUUUCUCCUCCGAGACCCGGCAAGUCAAGGACUGCACAUUCGCCAAAGGAUGUAGGCACCAAUGGGAGAAAGAAGACCAGCAGAACAUCAAAUGGCGGUCGGGUUCAGAAGCCCGCCUCCUCGAAGCAAUCUAGACCCAAGAAAACAUCGAGAAGGAGCGCAGGAGCCCGGAGAGCAUUCCUCGACGACGAGGCCGAUGAAGAUGAUGAGCCAGAAUCAGAUCGCGAGCCUGAAGCUAUAGAUCGAGAUGAGACGGAGGAUGAGGAAGAUGACAAUGAAGAGGAGGACGCAAGCGAAGAGAAUGAUGAACGCAUUCAAUCGUCGCCUGAACCAGAUUUUAUUCUUGCAGAAGUGACCCACGAUAAUCCUGCGUCAGAUGUGUUUGGUCCAGAGCCAGCCAUUACGUUACCGCUGAUACAUCGAAUCAUGCAGUCUCACUUCAACCACCCUGAGAAGACGAAAAUUUCGGAAGACGCGAGGAUACUAGUUGGAAAAUACAUCGAAAUUUUUGUCAAGGAGGGUAUACGGCGGUGCGUCGAUGAAAAGAGAGAUCGCGCGAAAAGCAGUGGUGGAGGCAUAAGUGUGGAUAGCGGAUGGAUGGAAUUGGAAGAUUUGGAACGUGUUGCGAUACAAUUAUGCAUGGAUUUUUGAGUACUGAGGACUUGCUAUUGUCGUGACAAUAACAAUUUUUACUAGUUGCUCCCGC